AAGUACCAAUGGCAAUGAGACUAUCAUUAAGCAUCUUCAUCUCUCUCUUUGUUAUAUUGGGCAGUAGUAUUAGUAGUAGUGUCCAAGUCCUAGCUGCAGGCAACCCUAAUUACAGAGAGGCCCUGGCAAAGUCCUUACUCUUCUUCCAGGGACAAAGGUCAGGGAGGCUCCCCGCCGGCGCUGCCCAGCAAAUCACAUGGAGGUCCAAUUCUGGACUCUCCGAUGGUCGUCAGGCAUAUGUGGACUUAACUGGAGGAUACUAUGACGCUGGAGACAAUGUCAAGUUCAACUUCCCAAUGGCAUUCACCACCACAAUGCUGUCAUGGGGAGCACUUGAAUAUGGCAAGCGCAUGGGCCCUCAGUUACCAGAAACCCGCGAGGCAAUUCGGUGGGCCACAGAUUACCUUAUAAAGUGUGCUAGGCAAACACCCGGCAGACUCUACGUUGGGGUUGGUGACCCUAACGUAGACCAUAAAUGUUGGGAGAGGCCCGAAGACAUGGACACUACCAGAACCGUGUACUCAGUCUCACCAAGCAACCCGGGCUCGGAUGUUGCGGGAGAGACAGCCGCUGCAUUAGCGGCCGCUUCUUUAGUUUUCCGGAGGGUUGACCCAAAAUAUUCAAAGUUGCUGCUCAACACGGCCAGGAACGUGAUGCAAUUUGCAAUUCAGUACCGAGGUGCAUACAGUGAUUCCCUUGGGUCUGCAGUCUGCCCAUUUUAUUGCUCAUAUUCAGGAUAUAAUGAUGAGCUGCUGUGGGGAGCUGCAUGGCUUUUUAGAGCAACUAAUGAACUUUAUUAUUACAAUUUUAUAAAAUCCUUGGGAGCCAGUGAUUCAACGGACAUUUUCAGCUGGGACAACAAAUUUGCUGGUGCUUAUGUUUUACUAUCAAGGAGAGCACUCUUGACUAACGACAAGAACUUUGAGCCAUAUAAACAAGAAGCUGAGCAAUUUAUGUGUCGGAUUUUGCCGAACUCACCCUCUUCAAGUACUCAAUAUACACAAGGAGGGCUCAUAUACAAGCUGCCUGGAAGUAACCUCCAAUAUGUGACCUCAAUAACAUUCUUGCUUACUACCUAUGCCAAGUACAUGGCUGCUAGAAAGCUCACGUUUGACUGUGGUAACCUCGUUGUCACUCCGAUGGCCUUAAGAAACCUUGCAAAACAACAGGUGGACUACAUAUUAGGGGUAAACCCUCUGAAGAUGUCCUACAUGGUAGGGUAUGGCCCCUACUAUCCCAAGAGAAUUCACCACAGAGGAUCCUCAUUGCCUUCAUUGACAAGCCAUCGCCAGAGCAUAGGUUGCGAUGGUGGUUUCCAACCCUUCUUCUAUUCGCUAAACCCAAAUCCCAACAUCUUAGUUGGAGCCGUUGUUGGAGGUCCAAACCAGAACGAUGGAUUCCCAGAUGAUCGCGGCGAUUACAGCCAUUCGGAGCCUGCAACGUACAUAAAUGGCGCUAUUGUAGGACCCUUGGCAUUCUUUGCAGGGAGCUACAGAAGUUGAAUGGAGACCUCAUUAAUCAGGGGGGCUUAUAUUAAUUGUAGAUAACCAUCCAUUUCUGUUGUUCCCGAAGGGAAACGGGGGGUCUAUCUAUAUGAUAUAUCUCACCACGAAAUGGAAGGGAUAUUUCUGUGUGUUUCUGGUUUCCUAGUUUGAUGUGGUAUGUAGAUGAUGGUCGUAGUUGAAAAAUUAGAUGAUGAUCUCAGGCUCACAAAGAGGAGCAGCUUGUGAGAUCUAAUUAAGCUUUUGGAUUUUCAUGUGCCAGACUCAGUGUCAAAGAGUUUCUCUUCCUUCUCUA